AUGCCCCGGGAAGGAAAGGCGAUUGAAUAUUUUCGGAAAUCGCAAAAAACCGUUGAGACCGAGCAACUUUUGCUCGCCAAGUUCUUGGAGGCGAAUCCCGACGUGCUGAGCACACUCAGAGGGAACGAACAGAUCGUCAUUAGGUUCAAAGACACACGAUGUGCGUUCACAAAGAUUUUCGAGAUAAAUUGGUGUCAAAUUGUUACUUUUUUUUCGGUUGUGCUGAAAAUGCUCGAAUUUUGGUGUUUGAACGCUGAAAAUGCUCGUACUUACGUGCUUUUUCAUUUUCUACACUGAUUUUGAAGAAAAUGUUGCGUUUUCACGAAAAUUGCAAUGUUUUCUUCUUCAAACUCAACAUUUUACAGUCUGCGGACCGUCGCCCGAAUGCGGUUUCACGGAGAUUCGUCAGGACUCGAAAAUGCUCGGAUACAUUGAAAAUGCGGACGGAACGGAGCCAGCGAAACCCGUCGGAAUGCCGAAAAACGAUGCGGCGAUGAAGAAGGUGUUGUUGCGCAUGGAGUACACGGAAUUUCUGAAAAAGUUUCCGCCCGAUUCGAUUUAUCUGCAAAAAUUCGACAUUCAACGCGUCAUCGAGUUUCUGAAUCGAGAGCCGCGGGCCGGCGAAAUUGCGAACGUCCAGCAGUUGAACGAAAUGAGGGAGAGGCUCCAUUUGACGAUUGAAGAGGUGCCCGCACUUAUCGGUAAGCAACAGAUGGAAGAGAAAAACACUAGUCCCCCGGCCAUGUCGAUUUACGGGCAUUUUUCCAAAAAGCAAUCGGUUUUCUACUGCUUAGCCAAUCGGGUUUCAAAAUGUUCUGAGAAAACGGAAAAGCACACCUGAAUUAUCGAUUUUUCAGACCUGCUGCCGAGAGACGUGGCAAGAGUAUACGCGGGAGCGCUCUGGCCGUCGCAUCACGCCUACGUAAAAGUGGCGAUAAUGCACUUCAACAUCAAAAUGCGCGCAGAGUUGCAAGACAAGUGCGUCGAGAUGCGGCGAUGGAAGAGACCGGUCGGAUACGUGUCGCCGCCGCUGUUCAGAGUGCCGGCUCCGAGAUGGCCGCGCAAAUCACCGAACAAGCAGAUUGAGACAGAUCCGGACAAGAUGUCGUUGUCGCCGGAACCGGAAUCGAAAGUGUCGGAAGUAAAGCGGGCGGGACUGCCGAGUCCGGAGGGAAAGAAACGAGUGGUUUUGAAGGAACCGCUGCGGCCGGAGGAGCUCGAGUUUCGGACGCCGACUGGAUUGUGGCAGCAGCAACCGACGCGGCCGGACCAGCAGUCGACGUCGUCUCAACCAAUGGGAUCGUCGCGGCAGCCGUUGUCGCCGCCGCUGCGUCCGGAUGAGGACGUGUUCCAGAGAGCGAUGAGAUUGGCGCAGCAGACCAAGUCUCAACCGAAAUCUACCCGACACUUAUGA